AUGGAUGAGUACUGGUUUGGUUUCUUUCAGAGCAGUGAACAAUAUCAACGGAUGAACUGGGAAAGAUUAAAGAAGAAGAUUCAUGGUCUUGUCAACAAAGUGAACACAGGAAAUCUUGUUCAAGUAGUGAGAGGCCUACUACAAGAAAACGUCAUUCGUGGGAAAGGUCUGCUAGUUCGAUCGAUAAUGCAAGCUCAAGCUUUUUCACCCGUGUUCUCCCAUGUUUACGCCGCUUUUGUGGCAGUAAUCAACUCGAAGUUUCCUCAUAUUGGUGAGCUGCUCCUCAGGAGACUGAUUGUUCAAUUCAAGCGCUCGUUCAGAAGAAACGAUAAAGCAACCACAGUCACUGUCUCGAAGUAUAUUAAGCCACAGUUUGAUCAAUCAAAGAGUCUCGCACAUGAAGUUCUCGCUUUGGAAAUUAUGAUUUUGAUGAUGGAAACACCUACUGAUGAUUCUGUGGAAGUAUCGAUUGCCUUCAUCAAAGAGUGUGGUUCGAAGCUUCUAGAGGUCUCUCCGAGAGCUCUGGACACAAUAUUCACGCGUCUUCGUGGAAUCGUACAGGAUGGUGACUCUAUGAACCUUGACAAACGCGUGCAAUAUAUGAUUGAAGUCGUUUUGACAAUUCGUAAAGAUAAGUUCAAAGCGUAUCCUGCAGUUCUCGAUGAAUUGGAUCUCAUCGAUGAAGAAGAUCAAAUAACUCACACAAUUUCUCUCGAGGAUGCUAUAAAUCCUGAAAACGAGCUGAAUGUUUUCAAGCUCGACCCUGAAUUUGAGAAGAACGAGCAGCAGUACGACGAAAUUCGUGCUGAAAUCAUUGGCGAUGACGAAGACAGCGACGAAGAGAGCGAAGAUGACGGCAUUGGCAGCGGUGACGAAGGAGACGGUCAGCCAGGUGCUCCUGCGUCUACAACUGGUACGACCGAAAAUCAUCGACAAUUACCGACAAACUUGUCGCAUUUCGUUCGCGAAGUCUAUCUCACCUAUACAGUCAUCCGGGAUGGUCCCAAGAAGCCGCUCAUCAAACCUUUUAAAAGAUGGCAUGUUGCCAAAGAGAUGGAGAACUGUGCCAUAUGCUUGUGGAUUGCUGCUGUCAGCAGAGAACAUAUGAGCGCUUCUAUGGUCUUCUUUGUGAAAGAUUCUGCCGUUGCGAUGACAUUCGAAAAAAUUGCUUGUGAUACGUACGCGACAAUACACAGAUUCGAUAUAACCAAGUUAAGAAAACAUGGCGCGUCUCAUCUCUCAUCUUCUUUUUACUGA